UUAGACAGAUUCAUUUUUAUUUCGUAAGUCAACGAGCAGCAAAUAAAUAAAAAUUUAAAAAAUUCAAGUGGUUGCACAAUGUCAAACCUUCAAGAUGUACCGCUUGCCGCGCCAGAAACUAUGCCAACAACUGAACACGACACAGCCGGAACGAAGUCCAAUUCGCUGAAACGCUUCUUUAAGCUUGGCAAGAAAUCCAUCGCAAACCAUGAAUUCAGCGAGGACCCCAACGACGUGGAAGAUGAGGCCAAGGACACUGUCAAACCUGGCAGCAUUAGUCGUUUCCUUACCCGACUGAAGGGAGCUUCGAAAUCAAGCACUGUGCAAUUCGCAGAGCCUGUCGUGCCCGCUUCCAGCAUGCUCAACCCGGCUGUGGAGGAAGCUACCGACAAGCCGGUGCCAAACGUAAAGCCCACAAUUAAGACAUCGAUAUCUGGCUAUUGGAAACAGCUUUUUCACCGCCAGAAGGCGGCCAAUCGGCAGGAAGAGAACCCGGCUAUGGAUCAAGAAGUGAACGAAUCACAUCAGAUACCGCAGGAACAGCAAACUGAUCCGGUCCAAGCUGAAGAGGAGCCCAUAGUACCAACGGCAGAGCCAUUGCCCGAGGAAUUAAAUAUUAUUGUGCCAGAAAAGACGAUGGAUAAUCAAAUAAACUGUAUACCCGAGAUACUCGAGGAAGUACAAAUGCUCGCUAUUUCCGAUGAGGCUUUGAGUGCCUCGAACGAAGAGACCGAAUAAUAGGACAGGUUAUAGCUAUAAUCUGCAAAAAUUUCAUGUUAUCCAGUUUGUAAGAGCCUGCCAGCCUUCUGCCACACACCGCCCAUACAUUUUGAGGAAUCCAAAGAUACACACACGCACAUUCACAUACACACACACGCAUAUUAAACACAUUAGUUCAUCUGCAGUUCAGCUUUAACUUGAAACCCAAAUGCUGAAUAAAGCAUAUUAAGAAAAGUCGAUAUAUU